GGCAGGCGGCGCAGCCAAUGAGGCGUGAGCAGGGCGGGGCCGGGGCGCGGGGCGGGGCGGCCGGGCCGGGCGGGCGCGCGGGGCCACUCGGAGCCGGGCGGCGGCGACAGCGGCGACAGCGGCGACAGCCACGGCCACAGGUAUUUCCCCGCUGUGUCUCUGGGCCUGGACUCUCCCUGCACCUUCAAACCUUCUCCAAGGAUUGCAUGGUGGCAAGGUCCAAGGAGACCAUGACCACUGAUGAGGCCACCAAGAGUGAAGGGGAGGUGCAGGCAGCAGCUCUGGCUGAGCGUGGGGAGGACAUCACGCCGUCCAAGGACCGAGGGGUUCUGAAGAUCAUUAAGAGACCUGGGAGUGAGGAUGAGUCUCCCAUGAUUGGAGACAAGGUCUAUGUGCACUACAAAGGGAAACUGGCCAACGGGAAAAAGUUUGACUCCAGCCGCGAUCGCAACGAGCCCUUCAUCUUCAGCCUGGGCAAGGGUCAGGUAAUCAAGGCCUGGGACAUUGGGGUGGCCACCAUGAAGAAGGGAGAGAUCUGCUACUUGCUCUGCAAACCUGAGUAUGCCUACGGCUCUGCUGGCAGUGCCCCCAAAAUCCCCUCCAAUGCCACCCUCUUUUUUGAGGCAAGUAAAGCUGGUGAGCUGCCACCCUGCCCCUCUUGUCCCUCUGCAGUUCACCUGGAGGGAUUCUGUGGCGGCCGCAGGUUCGACUGCAAGGACGUGAAAUUCGUGGUGGGCGAAGGGGAGGACCACGACAUCCCCAUCGGCAUUGACAAGGCCCUGGAGAAGAUGCAGAGGGGAGAACACUGCAUCCUCUACCUCAGCCCACGGUACGGCUUUGGCGAGGCUGGGAAGCCAAAAUUCGGCAUCCAGGGGAACGCAGAGCUGGUGUACGAGGUGACCCUGAAGAGCUUUGAGAAGGCCAAGGAGUCGUGGGAGAUGGACACCAAGGAGAAGCUGGAGCAGGCAGCCGUGGUCAAGGAGAAGGGCACGAUGUACUUCAAGGAAGGCAAGUACCUGCAGGCAGUGAUUCAGUAUGGGAAGAUUGUGUCCUGGCUGGAAAUGGAGUAUGGCUUGUCUGAAAAGGAGUCUAAAGCCUCUGACUCCUUCCUGCUGGCUGCCUUCCUCAACCUGGCCAUGUGCUACCUGAAGCUGCGAGAGUACGCCAAGGCUGUCGAGUGCUGUGACAAGGCUCUGGGGUUGGACCAGGACAAUGAGAAAGGCUUGUACAGGAGGGGUGAAGCCAGGUUAUUGAUGAACGAGUUCGAGCUGGCCAAAUGUGACUUUCAAAAAGUGCUGGAAGUGAACCCACAGAACAAAGCAGCGAAAUCCCAGAUCUCCGUGUGCCAGAAGAAAACCAAGGAGCACAACGAGAGGGACCGGAGGAUCUACGCCAACAUGUUCACAAAGUUUGCAGAGAGGGAUGCAAAGGAAGCAGCCAGCAAAACUGGUGUGGAAAAAACAGCGGAGAAGGCGGUGUGUGGAAAAGGACCCAAAACUCCUGGUGCUGAAGGUGAAGAGGCUGAAGGACAUGUAUGAUGGAGGAGGAGGGGAUGGGAUAGCCUCGUGCCCUCGGCCCACACUGAAAAAGGUUGCUGCCAAACCUUGGGACUUGCCAGUGUUUCCUUGUAAAGCUUGUUACAGUUUGUGUGAUCGUGGAAGCCAAAAGCACCUCGCAAAGAAAAGCGACCCCGUCCCACCGCCCUGGGGGCACGGGGGGCAGAGCAGGGGUGGCAGGACACCGUGGGACCACUGCACGUGGAACAAAUACCAUUUAAACAGCAGGGAAAAGAAAAGAAAUUAUUAUAAUGAUAAAUUAAAGCGCUUGGCUGCUGGGAGGUUUCCGUAGACAGCUUGUUCCAGCUCCCUGGGCUUUGUGUCCACUCUCAGCACAGCAUCCUCUGAGAGGAGCUGGGACGUGGGACACGAUCCUUGCACACUGCAGUGCUGCCUCUGGCUGUCCCAGCACAGCCCUGGGGACAGGGACUGCCUUUGUCUCCUGCUGACUCCUUGCCUGUGCCCAAAGUUUGGAGGGCAGAGCCAGGAUGAGAACCCACCCGGCCUCUGCUGCAGCCCCAGGGUGCAGAGACAUCUUUAGUCUUUAAAGCACUGUUUGGGGAGGGGGGCACACACAGAUUUUACCUUCUGAAGGAGCUGGUUCCUGUUUCUUUAGAGAGAAAAAGCCUGUCCAGCUUUGCAGGUGCUCAACCCACAGCCUGCACCCCAUCCCUUGGCUCCCAGCUUUAAGUGGGAGUUUUAUUGCUUUUAUUGGGAUCUGUAUGUGGGGAAAACAAAAAAAGCAGGUUUGACACGUGGUUCAGAAAGUGGCUGGGUCUGAGCUGGUGCCAUGGGUUUGUCACUGAGCAGCUUUCCCAUGGUGAGGGGGUCCUGGGUGCAUGGUGUCCCUGCACCAGAGCUGCUGCUGCCUCCUCAGCCAUCAGCCCAUCCCAAAGGGACACUGUCACUACCCCAUGAGAACAGCUUUUCCAGUUGUUAUUUUUCCUGUCUCUACAAUAAUACCCCUUUUGGAGCUUGAAAAUAAACAACUGAAAGAAAAAGGAAAGAAAAAAAAUAAAAUAAAA